GACAUGGAUGAGGUGCUAAAUGUUACCUCAAGCCAGACACCCCCGGAGCCCAGGACUCACUACACUGUCACCCAGAUAAUCUUCAUCGCCAUCACCGCUAGCUUCCUCUCCAUCAUCACCGUCGUCGGCAACUCCAUGGUGAUGAUAUCCUUCAAGAUCGACAAGCAGCUCCAGACCAUUAGUAACUACUUCCUUUUCAGCCUGGCCGUGGCGGACUUCGCUAUCGGGCUGAUAUCGAUGCCGCUGUUCACGGUGUCAACUCUGCUGGGGUAUUGGCCUCUGGGACCCCACGUCUGCGACACGUGGCUCGCCCUGGACUAUCUGGCCAGCAACGCUAGCGUGCUCAAUCUGCUCAUCAUCAGCUUCGACAGAUACUUCAGCGUCACGCGGCCGCUCACCUACCGAGCCAAGCGGACCACCAACAAAGCUGCCUUCAUGAUAGGGUGCGCGUGGGGUAUCUCGUUGCUACUUUGGCCUCCCUGGAUUUACGCCUGGCCCUACAUAGAGGGCAAGCGAACCGUCCCCGACGACGAGUGCUACAUCCAGUUCAUAGAGACCAACCACUACAUCACCUUCGGCACGGCCAUAGCAGCCUUCUACGUGCCGGUCUCCGUCAUGUGCUUCCUCUACUGGAGGAUAUGGCGGGAGACGGAGAAGCGACAGAAGGACCUGCCCAACCUGCAGGCGGGGAAGAAGGACAGUAGUAAGAGGAGUAACUCCAGUAGUGUGGUUAAAUGCAGUGACGAGGCGGUCGACCUGGAGGAGUGGCGGAGGGCGAGGGCCGAGUCUGGGGCGAGGACCCUGACAGACGGCGAGCUGGACAGCGCCUUCCUGAGCCACGGCAUCGCCUACUCAGACCACUGCAGACAGAGGAAGGCGAAAGCGUUGACUUGGGCGUGGAUCAGAGAAUGGUGCAUCGCCUGGUGGCACUCGGGGAGAGAAGACGAGGACCCAGACAUAGAGGACACUCCUAGUGAUAUGGGGUACGCGACCCCCGUCAGUGUGGAGACGCCUCUGCCGUCGAGUCUGUCAAGAGGAACGUCGCUCAACGUGAUCCGCGACCCUUACGCCGCGGGAAAUGUUCCUCCGCAGACUCCGCCGUCGAGGAUACAUCCUCACGGGCCAAUCGUGUCUCACCACGUACACUACGACGGUCGCAGCCUACCUUCGGCCAACCGGCUGCAGGCGAGGUCGCUCUCCACCGACUCGGUGUACACCAUACUGAUCCGCCUCCCUGGCGACACAGCGGACUGCGAGGGUGCGGGGGACAACCAACCCUCCAUCACAAUGAUCGCGGAAGCGGACGGCGCACCUCCGGGCCACCGGCCACUGCCUCGGCCCACGCACAACUCCACCAUAGACUUCAACCUGAGUCUGCACCCCGCGGGGGCUAACCGGCGGCCCUCGCACAUCACCGACAUACGGAUACCGCUCAACCCCAACGCCAAGAUCAUCCCCAAGCAGCUCGCGACGGGGCCCAAGACACUCCUGUCGGGCGCCAAACACCACCCGGCCAAGAAGAAAAAGAAAACGCAGGAGAAGAAGGCGGAUAAGAAAGCGGCGAAGACUCUAUCCGCGAUUCUAUUGACAUUUAUCAUUACGUGGACGCCGUAUAACAUCCUAGUGUUGUUGAAGCCGUUGACGGCGUGUACGGACUGUAUACCACCCGGGCUGUGGGACUUCUUCUACUUCCUGUGUUACAUCAACAGCACGAUCAACCCCGUGUGUUACGCGCUGUGCAACGCCAGCUUCAGAAGGACUUAUCUGCGCAUAUUGACGUGCAAGUGGCAUAAUCGCAACCGCACGGCGAUGAACAGGGGUUUCUACAACUGAGUGAUACACCGUGAUAAAUUCCUCGACGGAACUUUAAUAUCGUUUUAUAAAGUAUUUUUUAAUACGUAUCGACCGUGGACGCGGUCUAGUAUUAUUUUCUAAUUUGCUCAUACAUGUGCUCUCUCGUCUCGUCAUCGGCAGGUCAUAGGCCUAAUGUAAUCUAGUGUUUGUACGGACGGGACUGUUCGGAUUUUGGAAUCCACCGACUGUAGUACUCUCCAUACUGGUUGAAUUUAAGUAGCCGAAGUUAUUACUUUCAAAACCUACAUUGAAAACUGAAAACCUAUUUUGAUACGAUAAAGUUUAAAACGGAAUAUAACACAUAGUACGUGCAAUAUUGUUUCGGUUUGUUUAAUAAAAAUCUGUGAUCGAAUGAGCUUACGAUUCAUCAAACUCUCAUCCGGAACUGACUUUUUAGAUUAGCUUACGGUCUUCUCUUUUCAAUUUGGAAUUUUUGAAAGUAAUUGACUAUUGUAAAAUUUAAUAUAUACAGUAAUAUAACUAUUUUUGUCAGAAAUAUGAUUCGAUUGAGAUAAACGCAAUUGCAUUUACAUUUCGAUAGCUUUACAACUAUCACUGUUCUAAAUUGUUGUGGAUAAUUGUAAACGAUCUGAUCGCAGUUUUAUAAUGCCUAUCAAUAUUUCAACAUGCAUCUAUUAAUUCUUUUGAUAAAUUCCUAUUUAAUCCUAAUGAAAUAAUUUCACACAAAAAAUAUUUGCUUACUUAUUUGGUUUUAACAAAUUUGGAAUAAGUAAAAAAGAAACUUUAGGGUCCAUUGGCAAAAAUCUGGUUGAACGUGUGGUAUGAUUCGAAUGAUACGACUCAGUCAAAGAAGUUUAAUAUCAAAAACACAGAGACCAACAAUCUUUCAUCUCACAACACGCAGAGACCAGUUUAUUUGUCAGCGUAUUCGACUUUGUUUUACUUUCUAACAGCCGAAUUGCGUUCAACUGUUGGUCAAAGUCGUCCGACUAAAUUAAAACUCGUCAUCUCAAACAUUAUUACUCUCUAUCUAGAAAAGUAUUCCAAUAUGAGUUAUUUGUAAAUUUAAUUGGUACAAAAAGCUUGAGGU